CCCAAAUUCAGCACUAUUUAAGGACCCUCAUCCCCCCUUAACCUCCAAACUAUUUCCAAGAUAGGCUUAGAUUUGUAGACUAUAGUGCUCUAAAUUAAACAACUACCCUCCCUUUCGUUUUACCAAAAGGAAAAAAAAAAAAAGAGACGAGAGUGAGGAGAAACAGACAGAAACUGAAACAGGAAAAAAAUCUAAACGGUUACCGGCGAAAUUCCCAUUUCCAACGAAGAUGAUAGCUUGCUUGGAACGAUUCGUACACGAAAACGACGCCGAGUCGAAACCCGAUGACGACGUUUCCAGCAUACGUAAAUCCCUCGACCUACAAGGCAGCAUCGAGAGCGGUGGUAAAACCGGCAUAGCCGUUAAAGACUUCGGCGGUCUUUAUUCGGUUAGGCCGCUGGCUCUAAUUAAACCGUCUGGAGCCGAAGAUAUAGCCCGAGUCGUUAAGGCCGCGUCGCUGACUACCCAUCUGACGGUUGCGGCUAGGGGUAACGGCCACUCUAUCAACGGUCAGGCGAUGGCCGAAGGGGGACUCGUGAUAGACAUGCGUUCCACGGAGGAAAACCAUUUCAAGUUCUUGACAGUAAAUGGCUCGCCUUAUAUCGAUGUCUCCGGCGGGGCAUUAUGGGAAGACGUCUUGACACGGUGCGUUUCGAGGUUCGGUUUGGCUCCAAGGUCGUGGACCGACUACUUGAGCCUAACGGUGGGUGGGACUCUAUCUAACGCAGGCGUUAGUGGACAAGCCUUCCGUUAUGGUCCCCAGACGUCGAACGUGACGGAAUUGGAAGUUGUAACUGGGAAAGGAGAAAUAUCGGUUUGCUCCGAAACCCAAAACCCCGAACUCUUUUUUGGAGUCCUUGGUGGGCUUGGUCAGUUCGGUAUUAUUACCAGAGCUAGGAUUAAGUUACAGCCUGCUCCGGACAUGGUAAGAUGGAUAAGGGUGGUGUAUUCUGAGUUUGAGGAUUUUACUCGGGAUGCUGAGUUUCUGGUGACUCAGAAAGAAGGCGAGUCGUUUGAUUACGUCGAAGGAUUCGUAUUCGCCAACAAUGAUGACCCGGUCAAUGGCUGGCCAUCUGUGCCAUUGGACCCGGACCACGAGUUCGACCCGGCUCACAUCCCUCAAGCCGCUGGCUCCGUCCUCUAUUGCCUCGAAGUGGCUUUCCAUUACCGCAACGGUGACCACCCUUCAAUUGUAGACACGGCCGAAAGAAGACUUCUUGGACGGCUAGGAUUCGUGAGGGGGUUGAAGUUUCAGCUGGACGUCAGCUACGUGGAGUUCUUAUUGCGUGUGAAACGAGCGGAGGAACACGCGAAAGCCAACGGCAUUUGGGACAGCCCUCACCCUUGGCUGAACCUGUUCGUGUCCAAAUCGGACAUCGUUGAGUUUGAUCGGACGGUAUUUAAAAGGAUGUUGAAAGAUGGAAUCGGUGGGCCCAUGCUGAUCUACCCUCUUUUGCGAAGCAAGUGGGAUAAUCGAACGUCCGGUGCGCUACCGGGAGGCGAAAUCUUCUACAUCGUGGCGUUGCUCCGGUUCGUUCCCAAGGGCCCCGCGGUUGAAACUUUGGUUGCACAAAACCACGAGAUUGUUCAGUGGUGCAUCAAAAAGGGCUUGGGUUUCAAGCUAUACCUCCCUCACUACAAGUCAAAAGAGGAUUGGAAACGACAUUUUGGGAAUCAAUGGACAAGAUUUGUGGAGAGGAAGGCCAGUUUUGAUCCCAUGGCCAUCCUUGCACCUGGACAGAAAAUUUUUAAAAGGAUCCAUCACAAUCUUAAUUAGUAGCAAUUUGUAAUUUUUUGUUUGGUAUAUCAAAUUUGUCAUCUUUAAUGUUUCCCCAUUAAUUGGUGGGUCACUUCCGUUUCCUGUUGGUUGACAAUCCAUGUUGGAUUAUAUCACUGUAAAGCCAAAAUAUAUAUAUAUAUAUAUAUAUAUAUAUCU